CUCGAGCAAGGGCAGCGCAGCCCGGGCGCCCGCGCCGGGCCGCGCCCCUCCCCAGACAUCCGCUAAAUCACAUCUUCGGACCGCUGGGGCCCCCGCCCUCCUCGGGGCGCCAUGGCGCUGCCCGCUGCUGCCCGUGGCCGCGCCGCCCUCGCCCUGGCCGUGGCCGCCGAGCUCUCCCGCCCCGGCGCCGGGAGGGCGGACAAGCCCGCCGUGGGCUUCCGCAUUCGGCGCGGGUCUUGCCGCACGGCGACGGACGGGGAGGGGACUUACACAUUUGCGCAGCCGACGACCGCUGCGGACUGUGAGCGCAGCUGCGCAGAGGACGCGGCGUGUGUGGCGUACGAGGUCACGUACCUGGUCGCGCUGUCCCCCCUGUUCGACCCUGGCAGGGCCAGGUACUGCAAGAUCCACACGCAGGCGGUCAUGAUGGCCGACAGGUCGACGAACAGGUCGGAGUGCUGGGUCAAGGAGGGCCUCAGAAGGAGGCGCGACUUCGCGCUCCUCGGGACGGGCUACUGCCUCACGGCCAGCGGGGAGCGCUUCCGUGUGGCGGCCUGGGACGUCGCGCCGCCCGGGUCCUUCGCCCACCACUUCCAGUGCCGGACCGCCUGCGACGCGGAGAGCGCCUGCACGGCGUACGAGCUCCGGAAGGUUGGCGGCAAGCUGGGCUGCAAAGUGUACACCGACCCCAUCACGCAGGUGGAGCCCUGCGAAGCGGGCAGGGACUGCUGGUGCUGGGUCGUGAGGCCGACCGCCACGCCGGCGCCCGCCCAGCAGAGCGGCGAGUCGAAGUUCUGGUGAGGCCUCGUAGUCAUUCAUGGCACGGCGUCGUGGGGAGCCCAUCAGCUUGUUCCUGCUUUGAAGAAGCAGCAGGCCUUCGGAUGGGAACGGAGGCGUAACACGCUGGCGGUGAUGAAGGUGUGCCUGCGCGAAUCCGCUGUCGGGCAUUUGCCAUUGGGGCCCAGGCCGCGCCAGUGGGACAGGGAUAUGUCAAACGAUGAGGAGGAGCUGGAGGAGGAGCUCGAGAAGGAGCCUCCUUCAGCUUAGUUUGUUCGCUGGCCGACGUGGCCAGCUUCGAAUUCGGCUCCCUCGCACGCCGCACGCCUGAAGGCGUGGUCCUGGUACGCGAGGCCCAGGCGAUCCCUUGGUGAUGACCACCGACGGCGCUCGGAGCCGAAGAAACAUCAAUCACAAUAGAGCGUUGUGGGUUCAUGUUGUGUGUCCCAGCCAGUUCGAUCAUAUCUUUCUGCUUUACAUCUUGACCACGCUCGAGAAGACCUCGCUCGAGUGUGACCGUGUUGCUCCUACUUUAUUUUGCACGCGCCUUCGAUCGGCAGUUGGCACGGCAUGUGUUUUCCGUUAGCGCCGCUUUGUGAUAUUCGGAUGCCUCAGGGCGACGCUCCUUAGAUUUACCCAGCAUGGUCACUGCCAGUUUGUGUGUCCUGACGUGCCCGUCGUGCUCUCGUAUGCUGUGACCAGUCUCGAGCCACUCUCUCUCUCUCUCAAUGGCGAAGUCGCGACCUCUGACUUGCCUUUCUCGUCCUACCUCGCCUUCGCAGCUGAUGGAUUGGUGAGGGC